AUGCCUAUCAACCAAGAAAAAAAGCGCUUCGAAAUCGCUUGUUACAAGAAUAAAGUCCUCGAAUACCGAUCUGGCGCCGAGACUGAUCUAGACAAUGUCCUCCAAAUCCCAAAUGUUUUCCUCUCUGUCUCGAAGGGCGAGACUGCACCGACCUCUGACCUAGACAAAGCGUUCGGUAAAGGAAAGAGCCGAGAUGACAUCAUUCAGGAAAUAUUGAAGAAGGGAGAGAUGCAGGUCGGCGAGAAAGAACGGGGCGCGCAAAAAGAUAGACUUGAGAGGGAAGUUAUAGAUAUUUUAUCAGGCAAGGUAGUGGACCCAAGGAGUAAGAGGGUUUAUACUGCCGGGAUGAUUGAAAAGGCAUUAGAGCAAUUAAGUACUCAGGGUGCACACCAGAGGGAGGAGGAGGCACAUGGAAAGGGUGGUGGGGGGAGUGGUACUGCUACGCCGAGUGGUGCUGGCGCGGAGGGAGAGGAGGCGAAGCCGAGGAAGAAGGAUAUGCCUAUUUGGACGGGAGUAGUCACAACAAAAAGUGCGAAGAGUCAAGCGCUGGAAGCUAUAAAGGCUUUGGUUGCAUGGCAGCCGAUACCAAUCAUGAGGGCAAGAAUGAGGUUGAGAGUGGUAUGUCCGACGAGUUUAUUAAAGCAGGGUGUCAAGGUACAGAAAAAAGAAGAUAAGGAGGUUGGAGAGGAGGAGGUACCAAAACCAGCCACCGUGAAGGAUCGGAUAUUGAGUUAUGUGGAACAAGUUGAGAUGCAGGAUACGGCUGGGCAGGAGUGGGAAGUGUCGGGUUUCGUGGAGCCAGGUGCUUACAAGCAAUUGGUCGAAUUUGUCAGUAAUGAGACCAAGGGGAGAGGAAGGGUGGAGGUGUUGGACAUGGCCGUGACGCAUGAGGAUUAG